GAGCGCCUGCUUGCUGCUGUCUCUUUUCGCGUCCCCCCUCCCUCGUCCUCAGUGAACGGCGAACUCCUCCGUAGUAGCCCGCAGUGGCGACACGCUAACUCGGCUUUUAUUAUUAUUUUUUUUCUUUACGCCCCCCUCCCCCACUACCGGGGACGUAGCCGAGUUGGCACCCCCACCCCGACAAAAAAAAAAAAAAUACACCAGCGGUCGGAAUUUGAAAUAUGACGCUGAGUAAAAUGGGAGGAAAGUCGUCGCUAGCUUGUUGAAGUUGGGAGAAUAUCCUUGUGGAAGAGGCGGCGGCGGCGGCGGUGGACACCACGAGUUCACUCUCGUAAUAUCGAAAGGAGUGAGCCGAGCCUUCCAACAGACCUCCGCUGUUUCUUUGGGCUAAAAUGAGUAUUACCAGUGACGAAGUGAACUUCUUGGUCUACAGAUACCUCCAAGAAUCAGGUUUCUCUCACUCCGCGUUCACCUUUGGCAUCGAGAGCCACAUCAGCCAGUCCAACAUCAAUGGUACACUAGUGCCCCCUGCAGCCCUCAUCUCCAUCCUGCAGAAAGGGCUCCAGUAUGUGGAGGCAGAGAUUAGCAUCAAUGAGGACGGAACGGUCUUCGACGGCCGGCCGAUCGAGUCGCUGUCGCUCAUCGACGCCGUGAUGCCCGACGUGGUGCAGACGCGGCAGCAGGCUUUCCGCGACAAGCUGGCCCAGCAGCAGGCCACUUGCCCCAUGACGGCGUCCACUUCUGGAAACCAGUCCAACGCGCCAAAGAAUGGGGACGCCACCGUCAACGGGGAGGAGAACGGCACCCACAACAUGAAUAACCAUUGUGAGUCAAUGGAGAUGGAUGUGGACGUGGAGAUACCCGCCAGCAAAGCCACAGUGCUGCGAGGUCACGAGUCGGAAGUGUUCAUCUGUGCCUGGAACCCUGUCAGUGAUCUGCUGGCCUCGGGUUCGGGGGACUCCACCGCCAGAAUCUGGAACCUGAACGAGAACAACAACUCCAACUCCACCCAACUGGUUCUGCGGCAUUGUAUCCGAGAAGGCGGGCAGGAUGUCCCCAGCAACAAAGAUGUCACCUCUCUAGACUGGAAUAGCGACGGGACGCUCCUAGCGACAGGCUCGUAUGACGGUUUUGCCAGGAUAUGGACGAAGGACGGAAAUCUGGCGAGCACCUUGGGACAGCACAAGGGUCCCAUAUUUGCACUCAAGUGGAACAAGAAGGGGAACUCCAUUCUCAGUGCUGGCGUAGAUAAGACGACAAUCAUUUGGGACGCGCACACAGGAGAAGCCAAACAGCAGUUCCCCUUCCACUCAGCUCCAGCUCUAGACGUGGACUGGCAGAACAACACCACCUUUGCCUCGUGCAGCACGGACAUGUGCAUCCACGUGUGUCGCCUCGGCAGCGAUCGACCACUCAAGACAUUCCAGGGUCACACUAACGAGGUUAACGCCAUUAAGUGGGAUCCAUCGGGAAUGCUGCUCGCCUCCUGCUCAGACGACAUGACCUUAAAGAUCUGGAGUAUGAAACAGGAAACGUGCGUCCACGAUCUGCAGGCUCACAGUAAAGAGAUUUACACCAUCAAGUGGAGUCCGACCGGGCCCGGCACGAGCAAUCCUAACUCCAACAUCAUGCUGGCCAGCGCGUCGUUUGAUUCGACGGUGCGGCUCUGGGACGUCGAGCGAGGCGUCUGCAUCCACACACUAACCAAGCACCAGGAGCCCGUCUACAGCGUGGCCUUCAGCCCGGACGGCAAACACCUCGCCAGCGGUUCCUUUGACAAGUGUGUGCACAUUUGGAACACCACGACCGGGGCUUUGGUGCACAGCUAUAGAGGUACUGGUGGGAUCUUUGAAGUGUGCUGGAAUAGCACCGGGGACAAAGUCGGCGCCAGCGCAUCAGACGGCUCGGUAUGUGUCCUCGACCUCCGGAAAUAGCGGAAUUGGCCGGCGAAUCGUUGGAAUGUGCAGCAGACUGCCUUCUUUAGACAUCAGCAAAUGCUCUCUGUGCUCCUGGAGGGGGGGCGUGACAUGUAGGUGGAGUUAAAUACAACAACAACAAAAAAACUCACAGGAGCAACUACAAGGACAAAAAAAACGGACAAAGAAGGAGCGACUCACCACCAUGCAGGGGUGAAGCCGUCAGACAUGGAGCGUGUUGACGAUGAGUCCAAUUGGAGGCCGACGAAGACAACAUUGGAGCUACCCCUGAGUUUUUAUGAGGUGUCUCGUGAGGAAGCGCUACCAUCCGCCACUCCUCCCUCCCGCCCGUAGCGGUGGUCCUCUGCAGCUCGGCCGCUUGGCAGGAAGGGUGACGUAAUCGAAACGCAUGCCAAGAGGCAGCCAUUGAUGGGAAGAAGGCUUGCAGAAUUCCUCCCCGCAACUCAGCGGUGACACAAUGAGGGUCAGCGACCAUAGCGAAGCCUCGCUUCCGAUGGAGGACGGCUCGUCCGAAGACCCCCGUCGCCCCCCUACGUCCUUCUCUCCACAGAUAGACUUGAAAGUGCGAAAUGGUGGAGCGUGGAGUUUCUGGACACCAGUCCGCCCAAAAAUACAAACCUCCCAAACCGGCCCAAUUUGCUCAAUAAUUGGAAACAACACGGACAAAAAAUGAGUGAAAAAGUGUGGUUUACAAAGAGAAUUUUUGCCCUUUUUUGGAUGUACAUGUAAAGAAUGUAAAGAUAUGUAAAUUAGAUUAAUACACAGACUUAUAUACUGUGUAUAUAUGUUUAUAUACAGUCCACCUUAUUGACGUCACGUUAGGGGCUCACUAAUGGCGAGAGCGGUCUUUGCUGACGGGCCGCAACGAGGCCGCUUUUUAAUUCAAAACGUGUUUUUCCAGUGAAGGCACAAACGGCAAAAUUUACGAAAUCAUCAUGGUCGUCGUCGUCGUCUUCAUGUUCGGUUGCGUGUUCACAUUGCGUGUUGAAUGGGCUGUACAAGGCCACACCUACCAAACUAGAAAACAGUUAUGGCGGGUUAGCCUUUCCACAUUUUUGUUUUUUGGGCACUUUUUCCCCCCCAAAUCUGAAUCCAAUCCAAAAUGUUAAAUUUGUUUUUUACCGGUUUGAGCAUAAAAAAAAACAUUUCCAACUAGUUCCACUCUGCCCCUUUGUUCCUCUUCCAUUCCUUUGCUGUCAAGUUGCGCUCAAUGUGAAGUGCACUUUUUUUUCCCCUUUCCUCACAAUGGCUUUCGCAAUUUUUGGUUAUAAGUGAAAGGCAGACAGUUUCUUUAUCUCGCCCCUUUCAUAUUUUUUUUUUUUUCUGUCAGGUGUCACAAUAGGAUGUCAACGGGUGGUCCAUCGUUUUUCUGACUUUUUCAGAGCCAUUAUUGUCUGUGUCAGACUGGGAAAUUGGGCUGUGGGUUUGGUGGCCAAUGUGGAUGAAAGGCUGUGACAGCUACUAUUACUAUGUCUCUGGCGCACCCUGGUCCAGGGUGUGGUCACCCGUUUCAAGACAAAACAUUCAAGUCGUUCAGUGUCUCAAAUAAAUCACUCUAUUUUGAUAUCA